AAAAACAUAAUUAAUUUUGUAACGCUCAAACGCAACACACACUGCUACCGAAUGUAUAACACUGUGCUAAACUACUAAACCAAAUUAAAUGUUAAUACACCAGCUAUAAAAUAAUUGGCAAUAGAAGUCAAAUUUCUGCCGCUCGCGAGUAAUGUGCGUGUAAUAAUUUGCUGAAGUGAGAAAGGCAAGAACAUAACAAAAUUGAUUUUUGUUCAACGCUCGAAAGUGAAGUGAUCCCAAAACUAAAAAAGGGCGCUACAACAUUGAAAUUAUUGCUCUGCAUGCCGCAACACAAGCAAUAUUAGUAGCAAAUGCACUUCGCUCCACUUGGCACUGCAAUAAACCACAACGGCAUCCACAUACGUACAUACACGCACGCAUAUGUAUAUACGCACUAAUACACGUGCGUCUCUUCGUGUGCGUGUGCUCCAUUUGGCCGCAAUUGAAGCCGCCGCGCUGCCUUUUGGCCUGCAGCAGCAAAAACAAUGCACAAAAAACAGUCAAUAGCAACAGAUGUGAUAGCAACGCUUCAACUAUGCAACUAGAAUUCAGUGCAAAGAUGCGAAGACAACGUACCGCAAUGCAGCGCACAGGGACAACAUUAGCAGCGACAGAUGCAACAACAAUAGCAACAAUGAAACCAGUAACAGCAACAACUGCAACAACAAAGUCAUGGCUACGAAAUCUUUUGCAAUGCACCUAGGAAAUUUGAAGAAACUGAGAACAAGCCAAAGAGAAGCAGCUGUUGUGCCUACGUUGGCCAAUUGAAUUGUUAGUGGUGUGCGACAGCAACAGCAACAGUAGCAGCAACAACAACAACAAAAACAACGGGUGCUAAAUGAAACUGAAAGCAAAGUCAAAUAUUACGCAUUGGAGAGAGAUCCGUUAACUUUCUGUUGAAGAGAGUUUCGCAUGCAGAUUCAACUGCUACACCACGCACGAGCUAAUCAAAUGAGGGUGCAACAAUACCGCCAGCAACAGCAACAACAGCAGGUUCACCACCUAAACAAAUCCACCAACCACUAAUAGCAACAUAAAAAUAACAACAACAAAAGCAACAAAAGAAGAAAGAAAAAACCACCGAUUUAAGCAGACAGACCGGACGACCAUAAAAACAAUAUCAAUAGUAACAAAAACAGAAACGCCACCAACAUUAUUUACAACAACAACUAAAUAUUAGCAAAAUGUUACAAAACUCGAAUGCAGCAGCAACAGCAUCGGCAUCGGCAGCAACAACAACGACAACAACAGCAGCAACAGCAGCAGCAGCAGCAGCGGCCGCAAACAAUGCAGCGAUCGCUGCAUCAUCCAUACAGCCAAAGUUGGUUGUCAUACGAAGGCGACCGAAUCAGGGUUUCGGCUUUACGCUGCGCCAUUUUAUAGCCUAUCCACCGGAAGAUGAUGUCGCCAGCUGGCCACAGGAAGCCCGAGUCAUCGGCAGCGGCAGCAACAGCGCAAGCAGCAGCAGCGGCGGCGGCGGAGGGGAGGCUACGUCACCAACUUCGCUACCGCAAUACCAAGUGAAAGCGAUGGAGACCAUUUUCAUCAAAGAGGUGCAAGCGAACGGACCAGCGCACUACGCCAAUUUGCAAACGGGCGACCGGGUGCUGAUGGUGAAUAACACGCCAAUAGCUGGCAUUGCCUACAGCACCAUUGUGUCGAUGAUCAAGCAGACGCCAACCGUGCUCACGCUGCACGUGGUGCCCAAGGAGUGCGAUGUGCUGCAGAUGCACUACACCAGCAUAGCGCAUACACCUGAGUCGAAUCGUCUGCCCAUGAUGACGACCACAGCGGCAGCAGCGGUAGCAGCAGCGUCCACGGUGGUAGCAGCGGCCACUGUCUGUCCACAGGCCCCAUCGCCCGCAAUUUCCAAUGGCGCCUCCACAAUCAAAUCAUUUCCACAGCAACAGUUGAUCUCAUAUCCCGCUGUUGCGACCAGCGCCAGUUUGUCAUCAUCGCUAUCGCAAGCGACGCAUGCGCCGCCAUUGCACGGCGGUAGCCGCUCCGGCAGCAUCACCAGCAAUGUCAGCGCCAGCGGUAGUGGCAACAUGCAACGCCAUCCUGCGCUCAGUGGCGGCAGCAGCAGCAUUGACUUUGGCGACAUGGAGCACAGGCUGCGCCAACAUCAGCAUCAGCAACAAUUGAUGCUCUAUCAGCAACAACAACAUGGCAAUCUACUCGCCAUGCAGCGCAGCGUGGACGCAGGCUUUAUGCGUGGCAAUCAGCCGCCAAAUCUAACAGUAUUACCGGGCACAACAGUAGCGGGAGGAACGGCGACGGGUAUUGUGUUGCCGUUACCUAACGCCCGCCAGCCAAAAUCGGCGGCUGCGCUCAGUCAUGCGCUCUAUGUGGCCGCUGCAGGAAACAACGGUGGCAAUGGCGGAAACGGAGGGGACAACAGCGACCUCAUGAUACGUCUGCGCGAAUCCAUAAAACAGAAGGAGGAGUUUCUCAAAUCGCCAUUGCCGACACCGUCGAAUGGCAACGCCACGCAGUCGGCGGCGCAGCAGCAGCAACAACAUUUCUUUCCGUCGCACACGCCGCCGCCGGCGGGAAGCAUUGCAGCAGGAGCAGUAUCAGCAGCGAGUGGCGGUGGGGCGCGUUUGCCGCCGCAGCAGAUACGCCACAACGUCUUAAUCCACAAGCAGCAGCAACAACAGCAACCACAGCUGCAGCAGCUGCAGCAGCAGCAACAACAACAACAACCCGUAGCCGUCGGCUGUGAUAUGUACAAUUGCUAUGCAGGCAGUAAAAUUGGUAUGCGCACCACUUCCAGCCAAUCGCAGUCAGCACAACAGCAACAGCAGCAGCAGCAGCAGCGACAAGUGGCCGUCAACGUGGCCAACAACAAUGCCAAGUAUGUCAAGGACUUGGACUACUUUGAGACGCUGCAGGAAACGGGAGUUACAAACAAAGUUUUUGAGCGGAAACUGGUCUCGCACAUGUCCAAAGGUUUUGAUCCAUUUAAGCCGCUCUCCAUCAACACCAGUGCAUUGGAUUCUUCGGGCAUGUUGGUCAAAAAACCAGGCGUACUCUACGACUCCCUGCAGCACCAUCCAUUGCAUCAGAUGCAGCAGCAGCAACAUCAAACAAAAUACCAGCAACACGGCGGCAGCAGCACCGUGGAUGGCCAGACCAGCAGCCGCAUGGAGGUACACAAGGCAACUGUGGCCAAUGCCACAAUCGAACCAAUGCUCAACAAAUUUGCUGCUGUUUCGCCACCGGACCAAAAACAAAGCCUUCACCCAAGCAGCUCCUCCUUGCACACAGUCGCCAAGUUGGCCGAUAUUGCCGAAAGCAGCGCUGCUGCCAUUGUGGCCGCCAGUGAGAUCGCUACAGGCGGGACCGUUGUGCGACGCUACAAACCGCUCGCCUCUGCCUCAUUCGAUGAGAGCAAGCCUAUGCGUCGCAUCUCAUACUUGCGUGCCACAAAUAACGAGAUAGACUAUCAUGGCGAAUCGAGUGCAGCAAUCGCCGGCAGCGCAGCUGUACCGCUUGGGGACAAACAAUUCGUCACCGUUGAAUCACAUAAGUCAAGCAAAGCGCUGGUGGAGGAGCAUCCAGAUCCCACCUACGAUAUAGUUGGCGGUGCCGGUCAUGAGUUCAUCGAAACACCCAACGGUCUGGAGGAUGUGCGCUUGAGCUCGCUUGGCGCGGCCUGCGCAGCCCCAGGAAGUCGACGAGCUUCUAUGAACAGCGACAUGCGGGGCAGCAUACACAUCGAUGCGGAACUCAAUGGCAAGUAUGUGCCCAAUGAGUUGGAAGCAUUUGAGACCGAAAUUGAGAUUAAGUCAUCGUGCAUCAAUGGCAAGCGCAUGUCCGAAUUCCGCUCAUGGCGUCAAGUGAAGCUGGAGAUUAAGGGCGAUCUGCUGCGUAUCUGUUCUGGGCGUCAUGGAAAAUCAGAGCACAAUGUGAUCGAGCUUGAUAUUAGAAAUUUUAAGUUCUAUGAUGAGUCGGUCGACAAAAAGAAAUAUGUAUUCCGUAUGCAGUCAAAGCCAAACGCACAACUGGCCACGCUUGGCAACGAGCUUAGCCUGGAAGAUGCCCAUGAAAAGCUCACAAACUCAUCGGGCAGCAGCAGUAUCGAGCACCAACCGCAGCACACUCCAGUUGGUCCCUACACCGAAAUUUUGUUCAAAACCAAGAGCAGCAAUGAAAUGAAACGGCUCUUUGGGCUGCUGCAGUGGAAGAACAGCCUCAAUUAUGAAGAUAAUGAACCUACAACACAAACAUCGGGCAAACAAUUGGCAGAACCUCAAAAAACUGCAGCCACCUCUAGCUACUUGGAUGAUGUGUCUAGUAGUGGACCAGCAGCUGUUGUCGCAGACAGUUCCCCUCUGAGUUCACAUUCCGGCGGCACUGAGGCGCACGCCAGUAGCAUAGCAGCGGAUUCCAUAUCGCCGGUUAUGAAGACGCGCAAGUCGAGCUCGCAUAAGCAUGUGCCAGACAAGGACUUAGGGUCUCCGAAAUCGAAGAACUGGAAGGAUUUGUUAUUUCGACGAGGUGGCGAUGGCGGACGGAGCAGCGGUGGCAGUGGCAAUGGCCUGUCUGCUCAUGAUCUGGGCUCACCCUCGGCUUGUUCGGCUAAAUCAUACGGCUCUAUUGGAGUGCCAUUGCGCGCAUGUCCCAUGUCAAAACUCAAUGCUUUCGUACCUCACCUUGUGGAAGUAUGCACCAAUAUUGUAGAAACCAAAGGCCUUGGCGUUGUUGGCAUUUACCGCAUUCCUGGAAAUAAGGCGGCAAUCUCAGAGCUAUCUGAACUGGUCAAUACCAAGGACUUUCAGUUCGAGAGCUGUGCUACAGACGAGCGAUGGGACGAUGUGAAUGUAGUGAGCAGUUUGCUUAAACUUUUCAUACGCAGUCUGCCCGAUGCUCUGAUGCCGGCCAGCUUCUACAUCAAUUUUAUCGAGGCCGAUAAGAAAACUGGCAUGACACGCAUAGUGGUGCUCAAGGAUAUUGUAGACACACUGCCGCGACAUCCAUAUGAAACCAUGAAACAUCUAAUCAGGCACUUGUGUCGUGUCAGCGAUAAUUGCGAAGUAAAUCGCAUGGAACCAAAGAAUCUGGCCAUCAUAUUUGGACCGUCUAUUAUACGCACACCGAACGAUACGCUAGAGACGGCUGUCAAGGAUAUGAAGCAUCAGUGCCGCAUCGUAGAGCUUCUCGUAACGCAGUAUGACUACUUUUUCGAGAAUGGAAAUAUACCAGACCUUUCCGAAUUGAGCGGCAAUGCGGCUGGUGGAACAGAAGCUAGCGGUGGUGCGGGCCUCAAUGCCACCCUCCAGCAAACACAGGAGGACCAGACUAGCAUGCUGCUGCACAAUCUUUCGAAGAUCGAGCGUUUCACAGAGCGUGAGACGCGAACUUCACGCUUUAUUCCGCAGCUGCGAAGACGUGCGCCUGGAAAACGAAGUGCCGUCAGCUCCGACACCUACUCGGGCGAGAGCGUUGGGGUAAGAGCAUCACCACCAACUUGUAUCAUCACCACCAACACCACCACCACCACAACCACCACCCGCACCAACACCAAUAGCAAUAGCAACAUCCCUUGCACACGCAACAAACAGUUGCUAACCUCAUCGUCCUUGUCAUCAUCAUCAGCUGCUUCGCAACAACAAAUACAGCAGCAGCGUCGUCAGCAGCGCAAAGCUGUUCACAGCAUUUCCGAUUUUAGUCUAACCAUGCGUGUUCACUUUCAGUCUCUGGACUACACCAAGGUCCCGGCCAGCAGCACAACGAGCACGAGCAGCAGCUCCACGGCCCAAUCCCACAGCAGCAGCUGCAAGACCACAAGCUCGACCAAGACCCUUGCUGUGGCCUCCAGCCUCAGCACGACCAGGACGACGAGCAGCAACAGCAAUGAGGGCAGCGUCAAAAAACGCAGUCCAGGUUUUCCCAGCUCCCGCGGUUCACAGUCGCGCAAGUCGAGUCUGGACGAAAAGGACUCGGGAAGCGUCGACUCAACCGGCAGUAUGGCCAAGGAGCCACAGCAACAACGCAGCAGCGUUGAUAUAUCCAUAUUGCUGACAGAUGAUGACUCGAGCAGCCGGCUAAGCGAUACUGGUUCCAUGUCGCUGACUACCAUCACCGACACGCUGGACAGCAAGCUGCGUAAUUUGCGCAGCGGCUCUGAGUCCAACGACGAGAACGGCUCCCCUGAAUUUCCAAAGAAUCGGCGUCACACACUUGGCCAACCGUUGCAUUUGCACUCCGAGAACAUUCCCUAUGCCGAUGAGUCGCCGGAGCGCCUGUUCCACAACUUCUGCCCAUUGGAUGCGCCCCAUUCGUUGAUACUGAGUCGCUCCUGUACAGCGACCAACACUAUUGGCAAUGCCGUCAACUCCAAGUCAAGUGAAAAGGAGCUGAAGCAAGCGGUAGCCGCUGUUGUGGCUCUGCCGUCCAGUUUGGUAAAAGCGCACAAGCUGCAGCAUUCGGCCACAGUGCCCAUGCACCAUCCGCAGAGCCAGGCAACAACUCCAGGCAGUGCGGCCGCAACCUCUACCGCUGCCGCCAAGGGCACGGCGACAACAAACACCAGCAGUACAGCCGCUUCGCCGGUGUCGAGUGGGUCCACAACUGUGGCGGGCACGCCUACUGGUGCAGCGAGCUCAUCGCAACGCAGCCUCUACACGAGCAAGAACUUGCGCUAUACCUCUUCGAUGGCCUAUGCGGAACGGAGCUGUGCUGCCUCAGAGGACGAUUCCGAGGGCUCUACAACCAGUGAUCCCAAAGAGAAACUGAUGCCCGCAUCGCCGUCGGUUUUUCUCGAGCGCUACAAUAAAAAGCGACGCGACCAUCGACUCUUUCGCUCGGCUUCCUUCAACUGUCGCAACUAUUCGACGCGACACAUGAACGGAGGAGGCGGCAACAAUGCCUUAGCCUCCACGUCAGCAUCUGCGUCAACGGGCGGUCCGACCACUGCGUUGACCAAAGACGAAAAGACUGACAUGAAUUUGACCAAGAAGCGGCAAAUACAAAACAAACAGAAUCGUUCCAUCAAGCGACGCCACACAGUGGGCGGACCGCAUGAUUAUUCGGCCAAUACCAGUGGCCAUGAAUUGGCGGCAAUCAAUUACAAUCAUCAUAAUCGCCAUCAUCAGCAGCAGCUGCUUAAGUUGGGCAGCUCUGCAGGCGCUGCGGCGGCAGAAACUACGACAACCACAACUACGACGACGACUGUGCUGCGUCGCAUGCCCAGCUCUGGAUCAGCCGCGGCAGCACCCACAGAUAAUGCGACCGGUAGCCCCAAUAGUAGCAGCAGCAGCAACACCGGCAACAACAAUAACUCGCCGCAAAGCGAUGGCAGCAACGGCAACAGUUGUUCCAGUGCCAGCAGCAGCAGCAGCACGAGUAGUGCUGUGGUAGGGGGUGGUGGUGGCGGUGGCGCCAUUGUAACACCACCGGGCGGGAAUGCGGCUGGCAGCGCAGGGUCCGGCGAUCAUGUUCUGGAGGUGGGCAUACGCAUUAAAAACAUUAAUCGAGCGCGAUACUAAAUCGAACGACUUCCCGAAUAAUUAAGUAAAAGUUAUUAUGUUAAAAGUUCAGUUGCGGUUGGAUGCAAACUGGAAGGAAGAAAUUGCGACAGAUAACAAUUGUAGAACCAUAACCACCACAACCCAAACCACAACCUUCAGCCGCCAGCUCGUGGGCUGGCUAGCUGCAACAUAUUUACAACAAACGUAGUAUUAGCACAAAGUAUAUAUUUAUGCAUUAAAACACACACACACACACACAUAUAUGGGCAGCAAGCUAAAUUAUAGAUGGUCCGAGUGCACAUUACCAAGGCAAUGGGUACACAAAGUUUAUCUGUAUAUACAUAUAUGUAUGUAUGUAUUUAAACGCGAGGAAAGCGAAAGAGAGAGAGAGAGAGAGAGAGAUAGGUGAUAAAAAUUAUAGGUGGAUAGAGAGGAGAAAGAGAGAUAGGGAGGAAUAGUGAGAGAGAGAGAGAGAGAGAGAGGGAGUGUGUGUAUAUUUUGUAAAAUGUCCCCCAAUAUAAUAUUUGUAAUAUGUAUAAACAUUUAAAUUGUAUAAACAAGCAUAUGCAUUUACGCGCAAUAUUGAAUGAAAACAUAUAGCACAUCCACGCAUACAUAUAUCGAUAUAUAUAUACGUAUAUACAUACAAAUAUGCUAUAUACAUACAUGCAUGCAUAGAUGCCUGCAAUGCUGCUCAGUUAUUGCACCUCCUGGCAACAACAACAACAACAGCAAACACAAAUUCUGGCCUUUCCAAUAGUUUAGUUUCUUGAAAUCAAUAGGCAGCCAACAUUAUUUUGUGCCUUAAAAUCAUUUUGAAUAUACAUAUGUAUCUAAAAUAUAUCUACACACACACACACACACACACACUUCUAUCAGCUGAAGCGGUGCUUGUGGUGCUUCAAGGAAAUAAUGAUGCAAUGCUGCACAGUGGUGCAAAAGUUUCAUCACUUGAGCAUUGUUGUUGCUGCCUGGGGGGAAGGCUUAUCUGAGUUGCUGCUUUACUGGGAUUGCAGGCAACACACACACACACACACACACAAUAUAUAUAUAUAUAUUUAUACAUAUAUAUACCUAUACAUAGAUAUUUAUACACACACGUAUAUAUAUAAACCCACUUAAAUAUGUAUGCCGAACACGCGCAAAUUAAUCGAGAGUGGGCAAGAGAAGAUAAAACAUAAUAUAUGAAAGCAUUAUUUUUAAUACCCUAACAAGUAAUAAUACUAUAUUGCAAAAGUAUUGACCCCUACCUACAUAAAUUUCAAAGAGAAUCAGAUGAAAACAUCCAAGCACUUAUUAACGUUUAUAUCUGUGUAGCUGUAUAUUUCUUACUACCUUUUUAAGUUAAAUGCUAAAUCGCCUACAUAUGUAUAUACAUAUGUGCAUAUAUGUAUUGAAUGCCUAUAUAUACAUAUAUACCGAUAUAUACUGAUUUAUAUGUGUGUAUAUAUUGAAGGCUUGUAGUCUUAUGUAGCAUGUACAUAUACUAUAUGUGUAGAAAUUGUGCAUAUUGUAUAGAAAUUUGUUGUACAUACAAUUUAUUUUCGAUUUGUUUAUUAUUUUUUUUUAUUUUCUCCAAUAUCCCGUUUUUAAAAUAUUUGUUUGU